UUCUUUUGGCUUUUCGUGAACUGGUCUCGUUUUGUUUUCCCCCCAACCUGGAAUUUGAGAAAGCAGAGGAAGAGCCUCCAGAAAUUUUGAAAAUACAAUAGUUGGUGGGUAAGGGUAGCUUGUUAUUCAGCUUUAUCGAAGAUAUACUAUGUCGGUGGACUCAGAACCAGCCCAUUUAGAACAACAAGAAGAAGUCGAAAUUGUAGAAGUCGAAGAAGAAGUUGAUGCACCAGCACAUCACCCUUAUGCUCCGCCUGAUGAGUUAUUUGACAUCUCAACUACAGUUGAUCCUAGUUAUAUAAUCUCUCUGAUACGGAAGCUUCUACCAACUGAUGCCAGUAAUAACGGCAAUAGUCAUGGUUUUGAUGCGUGCAUUGGUCAAGUAGCAAAUACUGAUCAUGUGGAAGGAAGUGCGGCUUCUGUAUCUGGACAAGAAGUUUUGAACUCGUCAGACCAUAAAUCUGAGGGCAUGGACAUUGUUGAGGAUUGUGGUAAACAUGCUCAACUAGAAGAAGAGGAUGAGGAGUCGUGCCAUAGAUUUGAUCGGCCUAGUGUUUCAGCAGGAGAAGAGGCUUGGGAAGAGUGUGGUUGCAUUUUGUGGGAUCUUGCUGCAAGUAAAGCUAAUGCAGAACUCAUGGUACAAAACCUUAUACUUGAAGUACUUUCAGCAAACCUUAUGGUUUCCCAAUCUGUGCGUGUUAAGGAAAUUAGCCUUGGAAUUAUUGGAAACCUUGCCUGCCAUGAAGCUCUGUUGAAGCAUAUAGUUUCUACAAAUGGAUUGAUUGAGAUAGUUGUGAAUCAACUAUUCUUAGAAGAUUCUCAGUGCCUUUGUGAAGCUUGCCGGUUGUUAACUUUGGGUAUUCAAAGUAGUGAAUGCAUUACAUGGGCUGAAGCAUUGCAGUCUGAACAUGUUAUAUACCAUAUUUUGUGGAUUGUGGAAAAUACCCUAAAUCUCCAGCUUAUUGAAAAGAGUGUUGGACUAUUAUUAGCCAUCAUCGAAAGUCAGCCAGAAGUUUUGCAUGUUCUUCUUCCACCUUUGAUGAAGCUAGGUUUACCAAGUUUAUUGGUUAAUCUCUUGACUUUUGAGAUGAGCAAAUUAAUGAGUGAAAGAAUACCUGAAAGGUACUCAAUUCUUGAUGUGGUUUUCCGUGCAAUUGAAGCUCUUUCUGCUUUAGAUGGUCAUUCUCAAGAAAUCUGUUCAAAUAAGGAACUUUUUAAACUAGCUUGUGACAUGGUCAAACUCCCUGACAAAGUUGAGGUUGCCAACUCUUGUGUUACUGCUGCAGUACUAAUUGCAAAUAUUCUUUCUGAAGUAACUGAUUUAGCUUCAGAGCUAUCAGAGGAUUUUCCAUUCUUACAGGGGCUGCUUGAUGUGUUUCCUUUUGCCUCGGAUGACUUAGAAGCACGGAGUGCACUCUGGAGCAUUAUUGCAAGGAUACUGGUUCAAGUUCAGGAAAAUGAGAUGAAUAGAUCAAGUUUAUCUCAAUAUGUUUCAGUUCUUGUAGGCAAAUCUGAUCUGAUUGAAGAUGAGCUUCUUGACUGCCAAUCAGAUGACUUAAGCAAAGGACACGAGAGCUUGACCACCUCUUGCACAAAAUCAAAUUCUAGAACUACAUCUGUUAGAAGGAUAAUCAGUAUUUUAAAUCAAUGGACUGCUUCAAAGGAUUCUGCAGUAGAGAAUAAUAUGAAGGGAAAACUUCUUGCAGAUAAUGACAAUAUCAAUAGAUUGUUGGAUUGCUGUCAUAAAUAUCUGAAUUCUCUGCAUCAUGCUUUGGGGAAUAAUCUUUCUUGAAAGUGUCAUAAUUGUGAUCUACUUUUGAGAUGUAUGUCCCAUACAAUCACAGCAGACUCCUGCACAGAAUAUUGCUAGGAGGAACACUAUUCUGGAUCCUGCAAGGAAUGUGGGAAUUUCAGCUGUCAUUACAACAAUGCAAAAAUUCAAUUUGUGCCUUGUACAUCAAAACGAUGAUCUGAUGAGCCUAGCUAACCUUUAGCAAGGUAGAUUUUCUGGUAGAAAUCAAGUGGAUCUUUGAUGUGACCUUGGGGAAAUUGCAUGUAGAUAAAGGAAUGUCAUCAGAGACAUUUGCUUGCUUAAUGCACUUCACUGGCAAAAGAAAGGGCUUGGGGUGGAUGGGUUGUGGUGGUCGGAUAAGUGCUUCUCCUCUAGUACUUCUGCUUGACUCAAAUCAGAGUUACUUAAGCCUGGUUGAAACAUGAAUCAAUAGUACGGCAGGGAUGGCUUGUGUUGGUUGAUAAUGUGCUGCCCUUCUAGCUGUUCUCCUUGUAUCAAAACACACAUAAUUUAAGCUUUGUUGUAGCAUGAUACAACUCUCUAAUUCAUGGCACACAUUAGUUGGCAACCACAAAACAUUUUGUUAGGACAGAACAUUGUAAAAAGAGUGAGCAUUAAGUUUUCAAUGUUUGAAUUGUUUCA